AAAGUAUACACAAUACCAGUGAUUCUUUAUGACUAAGUUUAAAUUAGGAAAGCAAUAAAACACUUAAUUAAAUUGGGGAUAUUUAAGGUUCAUCCACACAAUAAUAAUUCCAGUUGUCUGUCCCACUGUUGUCUCAAGCACAAAUUUCAUAAAUAGCUAUAUCAUAAUGACUGUUUUAUUCACUCAAAAACCUAAUGUAUAUUUUGAUGUUUCAAUUUUUAAAUACUUAAUACAUAUUAUCCAACCCCAGUAAUAGCUUUUACCUCCACAGCACCGCCGGUGGUGCUAACGCGAUUUAGACGUUGUUUACCAAUUGCAUUCCUAUGAACGAAGAAGAAAAGAAGCGGAAGUGACGUAGAAUGUUGUCAUGGCGUCUCACAUGUAAAUGGCCGAGUUUUAAGAAAUUGAAUACAACAUAUUAUUAGGAGAUUUGAAGGUUAAAGUGACAUAAUCUUACUGAAUCUGACUUCCAACACCACGAAAAUGAGCACUCAAUACAGCAUUCUCUUCAAGCAGGAACACGCACAUGAUGACGCUAUCUGGACAGCAGCGUGGGGUAAAAGUGAGUCGGACGGGUCAGAAACAAUCAUUACCGGCUCACUAGAUGAUAUGGUGAAAGUCUGGAAAUGGUCGGACGAGAAGCUGGAGCUGCAGUGGACUCUGGAGGGCCACCAGCUGGGCGUCGUGUCAGUGGACAUCAGCCACAACGGAGCGAUCGCCGCCUCCAGCUCUCUCGACGCUCACAUUCGUGUCUGGGACCUGGAUUCUGGAAAACAGAUCAAGUCCAUGGACGCCGGACCAGUUGACGCUUGGUCGGUCGCCUUCUCCCCAGACUCCAAACACAUUGCCACAGGAAGCCACCACGGCAAGGUCAACAUCUUCGGGGUGGAGAGCGGCAAGAAGGAAUAUUCUCUGGACACUCGAGGGAAAUUCAUCUUGAGCAUAGCUUACAGCCCUGAUGGAAAAUAUUUGGCCAGCGGAGCCAUCGAUGGAAUCAUCAACAUCUUCGACAUCGCCACCGGGAAGCUACUCCACACACUGGAAGGUCACGCCAUGCCCAUCAGAUCCCUCACUUUCUCCCCCGACUCGCAGCUCCUGGUCACAGCCUCCGACGACGGUUACAUCAAAAUAUACGACGUGCAACACGCCAACCUGGCCGCCACACUGAGUGGACACGGAUCCUGGGUUCUGGGUGUGGCUUUCUCUCCAGAUAACACCCACUUUGUCUCCAGCUCGUCCGACAAGAGUGUGAAGGUUUGGGACGCCGGCACCAGAGCCUGCGUCAACACUUUCUUCGACCAUCAGGACCAGGUGUGGAGCGUAAAGUACAACAGCAAAGGCUCAAAGAUCAUCUCUGCCGGAGACGACCGCGCCAUCCACAUCUACGACUGUCCCAUGUGAAGGACGGCGGCAUGUACAAAGGGCUGCUCUGAAAAUCAUGGUGUCAAAGUUUUUGGGUGGUUUCACACUGGUCCAUUGCAGUCAAAUGAAAUGUUUUUUGUACUUUUGCUUUUAUUUUAUGUGCUGGACUUUGUCAUUCAGUGGUUUCAAUUAAAUCGUUGAAUGUUGAAAUUCU